UGGUAUGACUCCGCUGAUGCAUGCGGCCUGUAAGGGCCAGGCGGAGAUAUGUCGACUGCUGCUGCAGCUUGGCGCUGAUGUCAACUUCAACAAGCACGAAUGCGGCUAUACCGCCCUGAUGUUCGCCGGCCUCUCAGGUAACGCUGAGAUUACAGGGAUGAUAUUGGAUGCUGGCGCGGAGACCGAUCAGGUGAACUCGGUGGGACGCACGGCAGCUCAGAUGGCUGCUUUUGUGGGCCAGCAUGACUGUGUGACCAUGAUAAAUAACUUCUUCUCGGGGAUGAAGCUGGACUACUACACGAGACCGCAGGGGCUGGAGCGAGAGCCCAAACUGCCCCCCAAACUGGCCGCCCCCCUGCACAAGAUAAUCAUGACCACCAACCUAAACCCCGUCAAGAUGGUGAUGUUGGUGAAAGAGAGCCCCCUGCUGGUGGAUGUGUGGGCGCUGGAGAAGUGCUACCGCGUGAUGGACCUGCUGUGUGAGCAGUGUGUGAAACAGCAGGACAUGAACGAGGUGCUGGCCAUGAAGAUGCACUACAUCAGCUGCGUCCUGCAGAAGUGCCUGGCCUUCCUGCGCCAGCGAGACGACAAGCUCGACGCCCUGCUGCGGAGCCUGCUGAAAGGGCGGGACGGGGACGGCUUUCCUCAGUAUCAGGAGAGAUUUAUCCGUGACUGCAUCCGGAAAUUUCCAUAUUGCGAGGCCACGCUUCUGCAACAGCUUGUGCACAGCAUUGCUCCAGUGGAGAUUGGCAACGACCCCACGGCGUUCUCAGUUCUGACCCAGGCGCUGACGGGCCAGAUGGUUCUGUUGGACUCCGAGUUCUGUGCCACGUGUGGAGAGAGAGGCGCUGAGAAGAGGUGCUCCUUCUGCAGAAUGGUGGUGUAUUGUGACCAGACCUGCCAGAGACUGCACUGGUUCACCCAUAAGAAGAUCUGUAAGGCCCUGAGGCAGCGGAGCAGCCCAGCAGACUCGCCCCGCCUACGAGAACUCCCCGACAAUGAGGAUGAAGGCUGUGUGACGGAGAAGAGCCCUGUGAUGGAGGGGAGUCCUGUGGUGGAGGAGAGCCUUGUGACGGAGGAAAGCCCUGUGGCGGAGGAGAGCGUCUGCUCCCUGAAGGAGCUCCACCUGGGCCCUGAGCAAGGCCACUCCUCCACCUCCAUCCGCAACGUCAACGCUGAUGCUGACGACAACGACGACGAGCAGCCCAUUAUGUGCCCAGCCUUCCCCGCUGACUUCCACUUCUGAGGGCGCGUCACACACACACACACACACACACACACACACACACACACACACACACACACACACUUCUGGAGUGGCCAGAUAACAUCUCCUCCUGUUGUGUAGGAGGGGAGGUCUUGGUUCCGCUGUAAGGGUCUUUUUCUGGCCAGUUCAUGCACCAUUACACCGGAACAAUGUGCCUUGCCCAUAAGUACUGGAUACUGUUCUUAUGAAUUAGCUGGAGGUAGAAACCACAUCUGUGUACAGAACAGGGUGGAGGUGGCGGAGCUGUUUCCAAUAAAUAUGGUAAAUACAUGAAUACAUACAUUUAUAAAUAUGAGCUAUACCACAGUCAUAUAUAUAGUUAUAAAUAGAGAUAUACUACAGUAUUAUACAGCUCAGCUAUAAAUAUGAAAUGUCAUUUCCUUGCAGGGACCAAUCUGUCUGUUUUUAUGUCUUGUCUUUAAAUCUGUUCAUUGUUGUUGUUUGAUGUGUAUGUAAACAAUGUAUUAGUUUAUAAGCAGAAAGUGUUAAUGUUAAUUUUUCACCAUAAAUGAAGAUGACAUGAGUGAACCAACAUGUACAAGCAACCAUGGUGACAUCACAGAUAACCUUUUAUUUGUAUUAAAGUAACCAUGGUAACCUUU